AUGGAGCUACAGCAAGUGAUGGUUCUGUUCUCCAUGUUUGUGGUUGGCGUCUCAAAGCGAGAUCCAGAAAAUUUCAGGCACAAAUACUCUUGUUCGUCUCAGUGUGCAGGUUUUAGCACAUCAACUGUUCCCAUGGGAUCCAGGUUCAGCUAUAGCUACUCAACAUCUACCACUACGUUCCUUCAAGGAAGGGCCUACCAGAGAAGUGGCAUCACUCUAGAAAGUACAGUUGUGGUCGAAAUGUUGGCAAAUUGUCAUCGAAUUUUAAAAUUGCAAGGAGUACAGAUCAAAACCAUUUUUGAAUCCGAGGUGAAGUUGAUGAAUGAAAAUGACAGUUUAAGAAAGGGGAGGGCACCAGGUGAAAACAAACCAAUGCAACAUCCCAAUUACAAAGAGCAGCUUCUGUCUUCCAAACUUGAAUGUAUCCAGAGAUUUGAGGAGAAAGGGAUCCUGGCAGAAAUCAAAUGUAUGGAGUACCACCUUGUUACACCUCCUGCAAGGAAGGGCAGUGGAGUGAAGAUGCAAACUCGGACAAAUCUGAAGCUGUUCCGAACUGAAGCUCAUAGUAUAUCCCAGGAAACAGUACCCACUAGCGACAUCUAUGAAAGCAGCCUGCUCUAUGAAAAAGAGAAAACGGCACCACGCUCCAAAGAGGAGGAAAUGGAAGAAAUAGCUAAUGUUCUUCAGAAGCUCUGCAUGAAACCUACCAUGGAUACUGAGGUAGCUUAUCGAAUUAUCAUUACUGGCCACACAGAGCACCCCAAACUCUACAGCACCUGUCACCCCUUCAAGAUUGCCUCCAUCCCUCUCCAACCUGCAGAUCUAUUCCUGAAUUUGGUGUUUGCACUUCGGCAAAUCUCCCCUGAUGCCUUGAUGGACCUCUGGAACAGUCCUUCUUCCAAAUGUCAAGAUAACUGGCGGCCUCUCUUGGAUGCUCUUCCCUUUUGUGCAACUGAUCCCUGCGUCGUCCUGAUGAAAAAACUGAUUGUUUUGCAAGAAGUAGAAGAAGACCACAUUGGGCGUUUCCUGAGGUCCCUGGCCUUUAUCCCAGAGCCCUCUGCGGGCAUGAUUGAUGCUUUAGCUUCUCUGUUGGAGUUACCCAAAGAACGGCAAAUAACGUUCUUAGGGAUAACGUCUUUGCUGCAUCACUUCUGCUCCACAAGAACCAACUGUGACCAAGUACCAGCGGUACUGAGGAUUAUGAAAAUUCUGGGAAGACGCUUAGGAGGGAAAUGUACCGGGUCCAAAUCAGAGGGAACUGCUCAGAUGGAACUGAUCUUAAAUGCGAUUGGAAAUGCAGGGCUGGCGGCAACGUCUUUGACAACACUCUUGAGUUCCUGUGCGAUGCUGAAAACCAACCCGACUGAAAUCCGGCUGGCAGCCAUUGAAGCUUUCCGGCGCAUCCCCUGUGCAGCCAACCGUGCUGUAUUGCUUCGUCUGUUUCAAACCUACGAUGAAAACGCGGAGAUCAGAAUUGCUUCAUAUCUUAUGGCUAUGAAAUGUCCUAGCAAAGACUUAUUUAAUAACAUUAAAUGGACUUUGCAGGAGGAGCGAUCCAGCCAAGUGGGCUCUUUUGUCCGGAGUCAUCUUUCUGAGCUCUUAAGAACAGAAGACCCAUUAAAACAGCACCUUAGGAACUCUCUGCCUGAAGACAUCAUUCUCAAGGAAUUUGAUUGGGAAACAUGGAAAUUUUCUUCCUACACAGAUGUUACCUUCCACUCAGCGAUGGCCAGUGGAAAUGCUGAGGCCCAGGUUAUUUUCUCACCUGCUUCUUUUAUCCCACGUUUGAUCCUGACCAAUUUCACUAUCCAUCUGCUGGGACGGGCUAUCAACCUCUUAGAGGUUGGAGUCAGAUUGGAGAAUAUGGAAGAUAUUGUCCGGACAUUUUUGGACUUUCAAGACACCAAAGGAAGGCAUGUUAAGCCAGAAUCUCCCAUGCAGAUGGUGAACAAGAUUCCUCAAAAUAAGCCAUCAUCCAAGCAAUUCAAUUUGAAAAGUCAUCUACCUAAAGGAAAUAAAACUGCACCAAGAACAGAAAGCGAUUGUCCACAUGGACAAUACCAUAAGAUUAAUGGUUUUGUGAAAAAGUUCACCAAAAAAAUGGGGAAAAAGAAGAAGCCCAAAUGCAAAGUUAGUCUCAAAAUCUUUGGAAAUGAGCUGAUGAUUCUUGACUGUGGCGAUCUCAGGGGUCAAGCAAACCAUUAUUAUUUGAACCUGGCGGAGCUAAUGAUGAAGGUUUCGAAGGGCCAAGAAGUCCAGUGGAAUAAAAGGUUGAGUCUGGCAACCGAAGAAGUGCUGUUUCCAACCAUCUCAGGGCUUCCUGUCCUCCUGGGUUUUAAUGCUUCAGCAGCUGUCCAUCUGACUGCCAGAGGAGACACAAACUUCAAGAAACGCAACCAUUUUUUUGUCCGUGGCUACCUCAAGCCAAGUGCUAUCCUAAAGAUUUCUGCCCAGAUGGGAACUGUAGGAGUUCUGGGGAAUGCCGGCUUGAAGUGGUCAACCGUCUUGAGAUCCUCAGCCAACUUGGAUGGUGGAAUCCAGGUGAAAAAAGGGAAAGAAUUUAAAUUUUUUUGGAACACUCCCGAAGACGCUAUGGAAAUUCUACAUUUCAGCUCUAAAUUCUACGUUACUGCAAGGGAGAAAACAAAAACCAAUGAACGCUUCCCGGGCCAAACUGAACUGUGCACCAGUGACGAAGCAUCGAAAAUGUUUGGCUGGCAGCUGUGUUCAGAGGUUUUUCUCCCUGACGACAAGACCAGCAGCUUCGUUCUUCCCUUCCCUGGACCGGUCAAAGUCGCCGUUACGCUAAGAAAGCAGGACAGAAACCUACAGCAGUAUUUAAUAAAAGCAGCCUAUCAUUAUGUUGCUCAGAAAGGUUCUUGGAUUCCAAAUGAAGCCGGGCUCCAUUUCUUUAUGGGGAGUCCGGAAUCAGAGCUGAAGAGAAAUGUGGCUUUUAACUUCCACUGGAACAUCCCUCAGAAAAUAGUCAGAAUUGAAUUCAUCGAGCCGAAGACAAAAAUGCUACUGAACGGCAAAAUUGAAAUCUCAAAAUACUCUCGUGUCGGGCAUUUGGAACUGAUAGUCAACGAUAAUACCAUUUAUUACAUCAAGGGCAGGACCGAUUGGCCAUCCGUGGCUGGAGAGCAGAGAUACGCAAUCCGUCUGGAAGCCAAAUUGCUACCGCAUGGAAGUCCUGUGGUCCUUGCAGGAAACCUCACUAAAUUGGCCAGCCAGAAGGUGGCAUUUUCAGUAUCCUUGAUUAACCUGCUGAAGGAUGCUGCGUCCUUUGCAGUGUGUUUCGAGAAAAAGGCAGAUAAUGAGCGAAAACACUAUUCCCUAGAAGGAGAAACCCACAUUCCUGGCGUUUUUGGAUCUCAUAUCAUUUUUCUUCUGCAAAAACGAGGACAAGUCUGGUCCAACAUCCUGAGAAUUAAAUAUGGAUUGUUUGGAGAUGCCAAGAAGCUUCAGCAUGAAUGCAACAUGGCUCAGAGGUUAAAGCAGGAGAACAGCUGGCCAGAUGUUUACAGACUGGAUCUAGAGCACAAAUUUCACUGUACUCAGAGUCUAACUUACAAUCACAAGGUCCAUUUGCACCAUGAAGACACUGCAGCCCAGCUGCACUCCCUCUUGGAGGCUAACUAUGGAAAACACUGGGAUGAAGCCGGCAAUAUGAGGAAAGUGAUCAUCAGCCAGAUGUUCAAAAAUCAUUCACAGGCCACUCUGAGGAGCUACUUCAUGGAGUUCGUGAUCCAAGUGCCUGAAGAGAAUCUGGAUUACAGGACUCGGCUGCAGCAUUCCAGUUCUUUCCACCCUUCUCCAGAAAGCAGCACCAGUUUCAAGGUGCAUUACAACAACCGCAUCCUUUUUAUAGCCGAUCUGCAGUGGAAAAAUGUUUCUGGCCGUUUGCUGAAGAAGUGGGAAGGUACAUUCAACAUGGACACACCCUGGCUGUACCUGUAUGCCACUCACAAAUUCCACCAGUUCCAGCGUUCGGCUUUCUUCACCACUGUGGAGUUAACUGUCGGUAAAGCUUUUGUCCUCAAGGGUUUAAUCCUGGAGCUGUAUUGUAAAGACGACAGCGCUGAGAAGGAAGGCAGAAUUGAGAUCCGCACAUCGACAACCACCUAUCUGAGAGCAUCCACAACCAGUCGGGUUAUGAAAGGGUUCCUGCACAGCCAGAAUGAAAUAAUGUCAGUGUGGAGCCAACCGAUAAAACAUGAAGUUCUCCUGGAAAACAAUGAACGCACCAAGUUUCUUCGUUUUAGACUGACAUCUGCAAAGAAGGAAUUUAAUCUGACGGCAUCUUAUUGCCACUUGGAAGUGCCUAGAAAAUCAAACAUUUCUACAUCCGUUGUGUGCACCGACCACAAGAACCCACCUCUUGUCCUACGGUUCGAGGCACAGCUAGAAGAAGUGAAGAAAGAAAAAAUGCUUUAUCAGAAACGUGGAACUCUCCUGUUCAGGCAUCCGCUAAGUCUCCCCAUUCCACAAAGUCUCCUUCUCCAGGAAACAUUCACGGUGAACAAGAAGGAGAAACACUACUCUUUGGAAACCAGACUGGUGACUGACGAGCGGGAAGACUCCAUUCUAACCCUCACCUUGGGCUAUCCAACUAAAAACCCAUAUAUAUGUGCAAGAUUGACUCAUCCAUAUAACAGCAGCAUUUUCCCUCAAAAUACAGAAACGUGCAUCAUGGUGCGGAAUCUCACCCAUGCUAAUCAAGAGCUGGAAGUGAAACUGAAAAUCAGCCAAAAAGAAGUACUAAGCUUCCUGGGAAAAUACCAAAAUAAAUCUAGCAUGGGCCAAUCCCACCAUCUGAUACAGCUGGAUAUCGCCCAUUCAUUCCAGGUCCAGGCCAGUCUAAACUGUCAUGGCCAAAAUGGCUUCAAUGGAUCUUUUGACCUCCACACCAGUACACGAAAUCUAAUGUUCCUGGCGGCUAAUUUUGACAAUGAGAUGAAAAGAAACACCCGAGCCUUUCGUGUGAGCGCUGCUCUAAAGCAAGACAUUCUAGAUCAGUUUAAAUAUGUGGAGCUGCAGUUCCUGAGCCUUGUGACCGUUGUGGUGAACCAAUCUGUUUUGUCAAUUCAUGUCCGGAGCAAAUGUCUAUGUGGGAAUGAAAGCUUCUGUAGCAUGAUGGUGGCCAUGACCCAGGAUAGCCAUGAUAUUUUCGUAGCUCAGGGGAAACUGAAAGGUUCCCUGGAACUGAAUCGAAGAAUCCAAAAGGAUCAAGCCCAUGUUUCAAAGGGUGCAAGAGGUCUCUGUGUUGACCUGGCAAACAUUUUCUUUCAGAGGGAGGUUGGAUUCACAGGCAGCUUCACCCACAACAUCAGCAACUUCUAUGCAAUAGGACUUCCCACAGAAAGUAGUGUCAAGGCCAUAUAUGGUCACAAUGAUACUUACCAGAGAGUAACUGCGGAUCUUCAAGGGGGCAACCAGAAGAUUAGUGUCAUAUUUGGAGUUGAGAAGUUGCAUCCAGAAGACCUUCAAACCCAGUUGGCAAAUCAUUCUUUAGAGGCAUCGCUAAGAACAUUGCUCCAUGGACCAGAUGUGGCUAACAACUCUGCGCCCGGUAUAAUAAGGGAAAUCUUCUCAGAUAGCAGUUUUGCUCCCCUGUGUAUCCACACAGCAUGUAACCUGGAGUAUGUUCUGGAAACCAAUUUCAGUCAUGCUUGGCCUUAUCUUACAUCUCUGGGCCUCGCCCAAGAGAACAGGGUGAAAAUGGCCCUCACGAUGGGGGAUCCACACAGAGUCCUUCUAGAAAUCACCCUGGGAAAUGGCAAGUGGAUGGGCCAUGGGGAACUGAGUGCUGAGCCUGAAGGAAUGGCUGCAGAAUGGAGGGUGACUUUCCUGAACAAAUCUGGCGCUUUGGAGGAUCGCGGCUUCCCAAAUCACGCACAAUUAAAUGGUUCCCUUCUGAAAGAUGAUGGUCGACUAGAAUUCUUUAACAGCCUCCAAGUGGAAGACCAAGGGGCCUCCUUGACAGUAAGCACCAAGUGCCAGCCAAAGUUUAUUUUAGAAGUGGAGCUGAGACACGGGCUUUCAUUCUUCAACAGGAUCCCCAAAGAAAAUAAGCUGAUCGUCCAUUGUGGGAAACGACUCAAGCGUGCUAUAAACUUGGAAGUGAAAUUUGGGCUUUGUCAACUUCAAGCCAACUUGGAGAUGGAUGCAGGAAACCGAUCCCAGUGGCAAGCAGUGAUGGAGAACUCUUGCAAAAUGAUACAGGAUCUUGGCAUCCCAACAAAAAUGAAUGGAUCUGGGCAUGUAUUAAAGGAUAAGAUCAAUCUUGAUUCUCAAGUGGUGCUUACUGUUGGUGAAAACACCGUCUCUGCAUUCGUCCUUUUAAAAGGCACAGCUACCAGACGAGAAUUUCAUGCGCUCCUGGAUCAACGCAUCAAAGGGGCCAUUAACUCUGGCAUUCCUGCAAGGACAGAAGUGGAUUUCAUUUCAGAAAAGAGUAGAACCUUUUGUGAGAGGCUUUUUCGGUUCACGGUGGACGGCCAGCAGGUUUUGGUGUCUUCUUCUCUCAAGCGUGGGAGAGCACAGGUUGCUUACUCUGCCACUAUUGCACACCCUUUUAACUUCGCGAUGAAACACAUGGAGGUUAGCUCCCUGACGCAAAGACGCAAAGGAGCAUAUGCACAACAGCUUAAAAACAUCCUAACAAUUGCAAGUCUUCGGGCCUGUGGAUCCCUGAAGCAGACAGCAGCUGUGUUGAACCAGCACCUAGAUCUGACGUGGGAUAACAAGACGGUUGUACAACAUCUGACCUAUGAGAGAAACCGAGUGUUGCAUCGGGAUAAAAUAACGGUAGAAGCUACAUUAAAGAAUCUCUUGACCUCAUGUUCCCAUCAGCGUAUUCUGGGAGAAGUUGAAACGGAUUACGCGGCUUGGCUGAAUUACAACACGAGACUCUGGAUGUGUCAGCUCCCAGAUCCAAUUGCUCUUUCUGGGAAACUCCAGCUAAACCAGGGAGACACUGUCUUCCGAUCCGAAGGGAAACUCAGCCUUGGAGGAGACAACGAAGGGACGAUGACGGCGGCUUUACAGAACAACAGCAAGCUGGAAAUGAGGAACUAUUCGGCAGAAUUUUCGCUAAAAGGACCCGAGGCGACUUGGAUGGAUGUGAAGGCCUGUGUGACCUCUUCAGCUGAUCAAAGCCAAGUCUUUGUUGAGGGAAAGAUGGAUCAUCCAAACGAGAAAGUGAAAAUAGCAGCCAUCAAAGGAAAAGAAUGUCUUCGGUAUUACAUGGGAUACUUGAAAGGUAGAUUCGACAAGUUCAUUUGUUUGUUCGUUCCUUCCUUCCUUUUGCCUUUUCCUUCCUGCCUCCCUGUGUCUAUCUCCUUCCUUCCUUUUUCUUUCUGCCUUCCUGCCUUCCCCUCUUUUCUCGUAGGAAAUUCCGAGGACGCACUAGAAUUUGCAGCUUGUAUGAAGGAUCAAAAGCAUGCUGCACUCAACGCCCGCCUGGUUGUAAACAGACGUGAGGAAAUGGGACAUCUCACCAUGGAAGCGUCUAACCAAAGUCUGAAUCUGAAGGCCCAUGGCUGUUGGGAUCUCGUCACGAAAACUGAGUCAAAACUGGGUGAGAUUACAUCUGAUCUCCGGCGCAGACUGGUGGAAAAAAUAAAAAAAAUGGAGGAACAGAUUCAGGAUUUCAGAAAAUCGAUCCGACACAUUGGAUUUCUGUACAAUGCUGUCGGUUGGUCUUUAGAAACCUCCCAAGAGAUGGUACGACUCCUCCACGGUGGGACAAGCAGCGCUGCUCAGAUGUGGGAGCAGAGUGGAUUUAAGCGACUCCUACGGGAUCACCUCCCCAUGUACCUGAGGAAGCUCCAAAACAUCCUACAACAAGUCCAGCUGGAGCUGCAAAAGCCACUAACCACCCUAAAAGAUGCCUACUACGAUGUGACUUUGAGACCCUUGGAUGAAGUUUGGCAACAGAAGACCGAUGCGUAUCUAAAGAAACUUCAGGCACUGGUGCCCACUGUUGUGAAAGACGUAUGGCUGAUGGAGCCCAUCCAGGUUGCGUUGAGAUCUUUGAAAACUGGCUUUGAUAUGGCAACUCAACAUAUACUAAACUGGGCAGAAGCCAAAUUAUCGCGAAUGUUGAGCAGGCUCCAAAAAUCUAUAUCGGAUCUGUAUAGAUUCUCAUCCAGGAACUGUUCUGUGGCAUUGAGUUUGCCUGUCAUGCCCAAAGGAGAGGCCACAUUAGAUCUGAUCAACCUUACAAACCGCAUCAUUGAAGAAAAAGUCAUAGAGCCCCUUCGAGGCCUAUAUCGCAUCAAUCUGGCUGCGGAAUAUUACAAAUUCAAGCGGGCCAUCGUGGAGAGCCCUUUUGAACAUCAAGCCUUGUUGAUGGGUACCAAGCACAUAUGGACAUUUGAUGGGAAAAUGUACAGCUUGACCUCCAACUGCAGUUUGCUGCUGGCCAAAGAUUUUUCCCAGAAUGCCUUUACGGUCAUCCUAAACCAGAGCAGUGGUGCGGAGAGGUCUCUAUACCUCAACAUGGAGAAAAGGGUUGAGAUCCUUUAUCCCGAACAGAAGAUCUUCAAGCAAUACAACACUUCGCUGUUGAAGGACUGCGGGAGUUUUGAUGUCCCUCUCCAAGAAAAUGGCACCACCGUCCAGGUGGACACAAACCAUGUUGAAAUGACUGCAGCUGAUGGAGCCUUGUUUUUUUGUGACCUUCGUUAUGAUUUCUGCACCUUUACCUUGGAUGGAUGGCAUCACGGUGUGUCUGCUGGUCUUUUUGGUACCAAUGAUAAUGAAGCUGGCAACGAAUGGAUGCUUCCUGACCACUCCCUGGCUAAGAGCUUGUCAGAAUUCAUACAAGCAUGGCAGGUGAACGGCCGUUGCAGUGAAGUCGAGAGAGAUGACAAAACUUGCGUCAGUGAGCAGAGCGCUGAAAUCUGCCAGAUCUUUUUCCAAGACUCCGCCUCACCUUUUAGGAACUGUUUUGGAGUUGUGAACCCUGAACCGUUCUAUCGCUGGUGCAAAACUGACCUGUGUGAGCUACAGAGCAUCAAAGCAGCCUGUAACUUAGCUGCAGCCUUCAGGCAUCUCUGCAACCGGAAUUUCGUCCCGAUAGAGAUGCCCCUUCGGUGUGAGGCGGCAAAGUGAGACUGAGAAGCAGCUGGUUGUUUGAAGCUAUGCUUGCAGCAGAGGGAGGAUCGUCCUCCUUAAAUCCCCUACCAGCCCAAGCUCAACUCUAAUAAGAUCAUAAGCUUCAUCUUACAAAAUU